AUGGCGCCCUUCUCCGUCCUCCGCUCGUCUCCGGUGGUGGCCGCCGCCGCCGCGGCGCCAUCGUUCAGCGGCAUGUCCAGCCACGGUGCGAAGCAGAGUGCGAGGCAGGGCAGCAGCGGCGGCGGCGGACCGGACGUAUGGCUGGGCCGCGCAGCCAUGGUUGGCUUCGCCUCCGCGAUCGCCGUCGAGGUGGCCACCGGCAAAGGCUUCCUCCAGAACUUGGGCGUGGCUUCUCCGGCGCCGACGCUGGCGCUCGUCGUGUCGGGGCUCGUCGUCGGCCUCGCCGUCUUCUUCCUUCUCCAGUCAGGAGGCUCGCAAGACUGA